CUCGCAGUGGUCAGUCUGAGAAGCAGCUGUUCGGGGCUGGUGAAAUUCCAACAUGGCAGUGGCUGUGGUCAGUGUUUCCUGCGUUAACUUGGGAUGGUUUCAGCUCGCACGCACGCCGGCUUAACCUCAGCGCCCCGAUCGUCAGCACAAACCCACAGCGGGACCGAUGCGCCCCUAAACCGCUACGUGAGAGGUCGACCUGUCGCUAAAAAAAGCAGCACGACAUGAUCAGCAGCAGCAGCGUCUAUGGCUUAAAGAUGCAGUGGACCCCAGAGCACAGCCAGUGGGCCGAACAGCAUUUCGACAUCUCCUCCACCACACGCUCGCCAGCCCACAAGGCGGAGGCCUACAGGGUGGUGCCCGGCCAUCUGCAGCGCUCCGCCACCUACCAGUACGCCUGGGCCAAUGAUGACAUCUCAGCACUUACGGCGUCCAACCUGCUCAAGAAGUAUGCCGAGAAGUAUUCUGGCAUUCUGGAGAUGCCCGGCUCCUAUCCUGAGGCUCCAGGAGUGAUGAAUGGAAGGAAAAGUGAAUCUGAACCCUGGCAAGAUGGCGUUUACCCCAUGAGCUGCAUCCCUGAGGGGGUUUCAGUCAGAAAGGGAGGGGUGGCGGCAGCCUCCGAGGUAGUGUCUGGCAUGUGUAGCUCCCCGGGCCUGGCCUCCAGCACCCUGAGUGAGCCCAGCUAUUCCAGUAGCAGCUGUGGGAGCCACACCGCCACAGCACUCCACUCCUCCAUGCCCUCUCAGGAAUACGGCCCAGCAUACAGCGGCUCCUACCUGCACAGUAGUUACAGCUCCCAGUCAGCUCCUGCCCCCGCGCUUCCCUCCCCGCUUCACAGUUCUGGGCUCCUGCAGCCACCCCCUCCACCGCCUUCCCACCCCACCUUAGUCCCAGCUUACAAUGGAGGCUCCCCCAACUUGUCUAGUUACAAUUAUCCUCCAGCAGGCUACCCAGCUCAGGGCUCAGUUGGGCCAGGAUACAGCCCUGGGGGAGCGCCUCCUCCCUCCUCAUACCUUCCCUCAGGCAUUGCUGCACCUACACCCCUACCACCUUCUUCUGCUUUACCUGGAUACCCAUACCAGAGCCACAACUUAACCCCGAUCGCUCCCACCCCUCUCAACAGUAGCUCUUCCAAUUCACUGAAGAGAAAGGCCUUCUAUAUGGCAGGUCAAGGAGAGAUAGACUCCUCUUAUGGUAACUUUGGCUAUGGCCAGGCCCGGAGCUCCGCUGAGAGCCCCAUGUACAGGGUAGCAGACAGCAGCAGCUCAAACGGAGGAUCCAACAGCGCCAGUGGUGGUGGAUUUGACAGGAGUGCUGAAAAGUCGUCUUUACCUUUUAAUCCUCAGAAACAGUCCGGGAUGCUCCCAGAACAGCAGCAGAGAAAGUACAACAGCCAGGCAGCAGGUGGACCGCUAACUCCGCCAGCCUACGUCUCCUCCACCCUGGGGGGUUCCCGCUCAGCAGACUCCCUUGGCAGCUUUACGUCCCCUUCCAUUAGUGAGCAAAGUGCUGAUGAUCACCGUCUCCACCUGUCCCACUCAGCACCAGGGCCUACCUCCUCCUCCUCCACUUCCUCCUCCAGGCAUGCUGAAGAGCAGCUUAAAACCAGUGACCCUCACCUCUUAGACAUGGUGUCCUCUGAAAUUGUGCAGCAGGGACCCCCAGUGGAUUGGAGUGACAUUGCUGGUUUAGAACUUGCCAAGGCAACACUGAAGGAUGAGGUCCUGUGGCCCAUACUGCGCCCUGACAUGUUCAGUGGUUUAGGACCAACUCUACAUUGUGUGCUGCUGUUUGGCCCAAGGGGCAGUGGCAGGACGUUGCUGGGUCGCUGCCUGGCCAGCCAGCUAGGAGCGCCAUUCCUCCAGCUUAGUGGUUCAACAUUGGCCACAAAGUGGUUGGCAGAUGGAGAAAAAAUAAUCCGGGCAUCUUUCCUGGUGGCACGCUGUCGGCAGCCCUCAGUACUGUUCAUAAGUGAGGUGGACAUGCUCCUGUCGGCUCACCUUAGUGAAGAGAGCCCCAUCAAUCAGCUGAAGGGGGAACUACUUGCACAGUUGGACUCACUUCUCCUCAGCUCAGGCGAGGAUGGAGGCAACCAAGUAUUGGUGGUGUGCUCCACCAGCAGACCCCAGGACAUGGAUGAGAGGUUACGCAGAUACUUUGCUCGGAGGGUACUGGUGCCCCUGCCGGACAGUACAGCUCGACACCAGAUUAUGAACCAGCUCCUAGCCCAGUCUCAGCACAAGUAUUGCUUGAGUGAGGAGGAGCUGGUGUUGCUGGUCCAGCGUACUGAGGGUUUUUCUGGCUUGGACCUGGCCAGGCUCUGCCAGGAGGCCCUUGUAGGUCUGUUACAUGUCUCCUCACAAGGCAUGGACAUGACGGGUAUGUUGCCCAGGGGACAGAUCAGGCCCCUCACCUACCAGGACUUUGAGAGUGUCUUUUGUAAAUUUCAAGCCAGUAUAUCGCAGAAAGAGAUUGACAUGUACACCGAGUGGAACAAAAUGUUUGGCUGCAGCCAGUGAAAAUAUGGAUUCUGCACUUGAGAAAAGGAGGCAUCCACAAUUCUUCCCCUCAGGGUAGAAGCGUUGUGCUGGAGGGAAAGGCACAGAAGGCCAACACAAGCCCACUGAGUCCUCACAAGCAGGGCUUUGAUGCACCAAGAGACCUGGUUUUACAAGACAACGAUCAGUUUUGCGGUUAAUGAGCAAGAGUUAUAAUUUUAAUGUCUGACAUUUCAUAAAUCCAGGCAUUGUUUACACACCACAAACAAGUUGGCUCGCGAAGAGAUGCCCCAGAGUCUGUGUAUAUAAUGUUAUAGUCUUGUUCUUGAGAUUGAGUUCGCUAUCUAAGUGCCUGAAGUGGUGCUUUCUGGUUUUCGUUCUUCAUUUAUUUGCCUCACAAUCUACAUUCAUGGCAUGAAGCUGAUGAUUACUAAGAGCUUUAAAACUUCAGCAUUGAGUCAGAAAGGAAAAAAAAAAAACGUCAGUCGCUGUUGGCGAAGGUCAAUCUUUCUUUAUUGUCACUCUAAAAGCAGUAAUCCUUCAGGGCGGCAGUAGUCUGGGCCCUGAUUCACAUGUGUUUCUUCUGAUCCUCUGCGUGCAAAACAAACAAAACUCAGGAAAGCGUUUGUGAUUUGUAUAGUACCUCAAAAGAUCUUGACGAAAAGCACUAAGAUUUGAGGGGAGCAUUUGAGGUGGUUUGGCAGUUUACAGUCUGUCUACCGAAACAGUGUUAGGUAUACCUCGACUGGCUCCGAUAAAUAGGAAAACGGUGAC